AUGACUGAGAGUGACAUUGACAAAGGGUGGACAUCGGUUGCCGAACAGUUCGACGUGCAGGCCACGAUUCACAGUAAUCUCGGCUCCGCCCUCACCGAUGACGUCAUUCAACCGUUGCGCUCAAUACAGCUCACUGAGGCGAAGACUAUCAGAGCGGCCACUUUGUUCGUGGAGCGAGAGACCAGGAAAUUAAAGGACACCAAGGAUGCUACUCUGAGAAAGAAGCGAUUAUUAUACGAGAGCAGUAAACAAUUAGAGAAACUGGAGCAAUCGUUUGAUCAGCAAAACAAUGGCGAA